AUGGCCUUGUUUCUUCUUCAAAAUUCUACUAAUGGGAAGCUCCAUUAUGGGACUAUUACUGCUGCCAUGGCGAAAUGGGGGUGUUGUCGGAGCUCCGUCGCACGUUUUUGGCAGGCUACAAAAGAGGAACAAGCACGAGUGUGUAGGCCUUUAUUCAAUGAAGAUGGGAGUGUGUUAUUCGAUGGCAAGAUAGGGAUUUUCCCUUUCACUAAGAUGGUACCAGCCAAAAGAAUAAGCAAGAAUAGGCUGGCUGGAACAAUGGAGGACAAGCCAAUUCAAUCCAUCACUAAACAAGUGAUGAAGGACUGCUAUAUCUCCAAGCAAUUAUGGCCAAAUGGCCCCAAUUUGCAAGUAAAUAUAUAUAUAUAUAUACAACAAGAUAAUGCAAGGCCACAUAUUAAGGACAGUGAUCCAGAUUGGAGAGCUGCAGCAACAGCCAAUGGCUUUGAUAUCAGGAUUGUACAUCAACCUCCAAAUAGCCCAGACACCAACAUCAAUGACUUGGGUUGGUUUAGGGCUAUUCAAAGCUUGCAAGUACAGUCAGUUGCCACAAAUGAGCAUGAGCUAGUAAAGACAGUUGAAAAAUCAUUUGAGGAGCUAAGUCCUCAUACUUUAAACUCUGUUUUCUUGAGCCUACAGGGAUGUAUAACUGAAAUUAUGAAAGUAAGAGGGCAGAAUUGUUACAAGCUCCCACACAUGAAGAAGGGAAUGCUUGCAAGACAAGGUGCACUUCCAAUGGCAUUAGAAGUGCCAAAAGAGCUCGUGGAAGAGUGCAUUGGCUAUUUGUUUGAAAAAUGA